GUCACCUUGAGUGGUCCUUUCACUUCGAUUUAGUAAGGGUGGUUUUCAAGCGAUGGGAGACUCCCCAGGUAGACCUGUUUGCCAGAAUAGGAAGUGUCACCAGUUCUGCUCCCUGCAAGGCCACAGACCAGGCUCACUCAUGGAUGCUUUCCUGCUCCCUUGGAUGGGGAAACUGUUCUGUGCAUUCCGUCCCCAUUCCUCUCGUGCACUGUCAUGCUCUGUCCCACUUGAUCUUAAGCAGAAGUCAUUCUCGUAGCCCCAGCCUAUCCCCACCAGAACAGGUUCGCCUUCUGCUAGGCCUUUCCAUAACAACUCCAAUGCUGCUUCCUCUUCUCCCAGACCUGAUAUCCCAGGACCACGGUCAAGUGUUCCACCCAAACCUCAACGCCCUCCACCUGACAGCUUUGGAAGCUCCAUGGUUACAUCCCGAGGAGCUGAUCUGUUUGGAGCAAGUCUGCUAGGUUCUGCUAUGUAGCAGGAAGCCUUCUACCAGAGCUACAUAACUUGCCAAAUGGAAGUGUGUUUUUCCAUUUGGUCUUCCCAGCCAGUUCUCUCACCCAUCUGAUCGUCACUGCAGACUGUUCUAGAGUAUUUGCUACAUCUGAAAUAGCAAGAUCUGGCAAUUUAAUCAGUUAAAGUACACCUGGCAGUGAUUUUGGUGUUGAACAUCUCAGUGGGUGAUCAGUUGGUUUUCUCGCAUGAGAUGACCACUUGUUUUCUCAAGGGCCUAGAAAGACUACUCACAGAUUUGGGAGCUCAUCAAACUGUGGGACCUAAACCUGGUCUUGUCAAAACUCUCAGGCCCCCCAUUUGAGCAACUGGCAACAUGCCCCUUGUUAUAUCUUUCCUGGAAGGUGACCUCUCUGGUGGCUAUCACUUUGGUAAGGAGGGUUUCAGAGAUCAGGGCCCUUAUGUCAGAACCCACGUACAUGGUCUUUUUUAAGGACAAGGUACAGCUUUGUCCUCAUCUUGCGUUCCUCCAGAAGGAGUUUUUGCAAUUUCAGGCUAUUUUCCUGACUGUUUUCUUUCCAAAACCACACCCAAGCAGAGAGGAGCAACGUCUCCACAUCCUGGACAUUAGACGCUCCCUUGCUUUCUGUAUUGAGAUGACAAGACUCUUCUGUAGAUUCACAUAGCUUUUUGUGGCAGUAGCGGACAGGAUGAAGGGCCUUCCUAUUUCAGCUCAGAGGAUUUCAUCCUUGAUAACAUCUUGUAUCUGCACAUUCUAUGAGCUGGCGAGGAUCCCACCACUGGCUAUAGUGAUGGCCCAUUCUAUAAGGGCGCAAGCUUCCUCAGUGGUGUUCCUGGACCAGGUCCCGAUCCAGAACAUCUGCAGAGCGGGGACUUGGUCAUUGGUACCUACAUUUUUGUCCCACUGUGCAAUCAUCCAGCAAGCUAAAGAUGAUGCUGGGGUUUGGUCGAACUGUGUUGCAGUCCGCAUGUCCAUGAAUUCUGAUCCUACCUCCUAUGCUUGGGAGCCACCUAGCUUGGAAUGGACAUGUGCAAGCACUCAAAGAAAUAAAAAAAAGUUAUUAACCUUUUCAUAACAGUUGUUUUUUGAGAUGUGUUGCACAUGUCCACUCCAUGACCCACCCUCCUACUCUGUCAGAAUUGGCUGGCAAAAAGGAACUGAGGAUGUGGGUCAGAUGGACCUCUUCUACCGGCACAUGAGUGCAGGGCACCAGAGGGUGCUAGAACUGAACCAAUGGAUACCACUGAGGGAAAAAUUUUUGGUGACCGUGCAUGCGCACACCAAAUAUGGAAUGAACAUGUGCAACAUAUCUUGAACAAGUUUAAUUGAUAUAGAAAUUAACGGAGACACAGUUGAUCUUCAUAUGAAGCUGGGUGACAAUGGAGAAGCUUUCUUCGUACAGGAAACUGAAGAAGAAUAUGAAAAAGUUCCUGCAUAUCUGGCAACCUCCCCAAUAAUUACUGAGGAUCAGUUCUUUAAAGAGAUUGAAGAUCACUUGCUGAAGUCAGGUGAAACUGAAAGGACAUGUCAGAGCUCUGAAGUUACACACGUCAUGGAAACAGAGACUGUGUUCAUCUCAGGAUCUGUGAAGAAAAAAAAGCGAAGAAGAAAGAAAUACAAACAAGAUAGCAAGAAGGAAGAUCAGAUCUCUUCUGGGAUUGAAGAGAUUUUUGAAAUAGAAAUAAGCUCUGAUGACGAGAGAGGUGUUCAACAUCUGAGAGGAUCCUCAAAUUCUUCACCAAAGAGUGACGAGCAGAAAGAGCCUUUGAUUUAUCACUCCAAGGAUCAUUACCCUUUAUCUGAUGGAGACUGGUCCCCUUUGGAGAACCCUUUCUCCAACCCAGUCUGUCCUAAAAGUGAUUCAGAACUAGAAGUGAAACCUGCAGAGAGCUUGCUUAGAGCUGAAUCUCAUAUGGAGUGGACAUGGGGAGGAUUCCCAGAAUCUACUAAGAUAAGCAAGAAGGACAAAUUGGAGCAUCCUAGAACAGCUACCAUUACCCCAUCAGAAAAGACUCAUUUUAGGGUCAUCGUCCGCUCUGAUGAAGUUGAAGAUGAUUUUUUGGUGAAAGAUUCUGUCUGUACGGUACUGAAACCUGAGCCAAGAACUCAUCCUCUGUUUAAGCAAAUAGAGGCUAAAGAUUCUUUUGCGUCUGCAGUCAUAGAACCUCUGCUGGAGAUCCCUCAAGAAUCAACUACAUUAGAUGCUGAUCAUCUCCCCGGCCCAUUAACAGAUAGUCCUUCAGAAGCAAAACCACCAGCAAAAAUUGACUCUCCUUCAAAAAAGAAAGGGGUGCACAAGCGAAGCCAGCACCAGGGGCCUCAUGAUAUUUACUUGGAUGACUUGAAGGCUUUGGAACCUGAAGUUGCUGCACUCUACUUUCCCAAAAGUGAUUCUGAUCCAAGUUCCAGACCAUGGACUGAGUCAGAUACCCUCUCUGGUUCCCAGUCACCACAGUCAGUAGGAAGUGCUGCUGCUGACAGUGGCACAGAGUGCAUGUCUGAUUCUGCUAUGGACUUGCCUGAUGUCACGCUUUCUGUCUGUGGAGGUCUAAGUGAAAAUGGAGAGAUCUCUAAAGAAAAAUUCAUGGAACAUAUUAUUACUUACAAUGAAUUUGCUGAAAAUCCAGGACUCAUAGACAAUCCUAAUCUAGUUAUACGGAUUUACAACAGGUACUAUAACUGGGCAUUGGCUGCUCCCAUGAUUCUCAGCUUGCAGGUGUUCCAGAAAAGUUUGCCUAAGGCUACAGUAGAGUCUUGGGUUAAAGACAAGAUGCCCAAGAAAUCUGGAAGAUGGUGGUUCUGGCGCAAGAGGGACAGCAUGACUAAACAACUACCAGAGGCAAAGGAGGGGAAGUCUGAGGCACAAAGAACAAAUGACCUGCCAGCAACUACAAAAGAACAAGUUAAUAGCAGGCUGACAGAAGAUGAUUCUUCUAGUGAUGAAGGGUCACAAGAGCUGAAAGAAUCCCUAAAAAUAGAUUCUGUCCCAGUGGAACUUCCAAGCCAUGGGAACACUAUCUCUUAUAAGAAGUCACUUAGAUUGUCUUCAGACCAAAUAGCAAAAUUGAAGCUGAGAGAUGGUCCAAAUGAUGUUGUGUUUAGUAUUACAACCCAAUACCAAGGUACUUGCCGUUGUGCAGGAACAAUAUACCUCUGGAACUGGAAUGACAAAAUCAUCAUCUCUGAUAUUGAUGGAACAAUAACAAAGUCUGAUGCCUUAGGUCAAAUUCUCCCCCAGCUUGGCAAGGACUGGACCCAUCAAGGCAUUGCAAAACUCUACCAUUCCAUCAAUGAGAAUGGCUACAAGUUUCUGUAUUGCUCUGCUCGUGCCAUUGGAAUGGCAGAUAUGACAAGAGGGUACUUACAUUGGGUGAAUGACAAAGGAACAAUCCUACCCAGAGGCCCCCUAUUAUUGUCCCCCAGCAGCUUGUUCUCGGCCUUUCAUAGGGAAGUGAUAGAAAAGAAGCCUGAAAAGUUCAAAAUCGAGUGUUUGAAUGAUAUCAAGAACUUGUUUGUGCCGAGUAAACAGCCUUUCUAUGCUGCUUUUGGAAACAGGCCCAAUGAUGUAUAUGCCUACACGAAAGUGGGAGUCCCAGACUGCAGAAUAUUUACAGUGAACCCAAAGGGUGAACUGAUCCAGGAACGGACAAAGGGAAACAAGUCCUCGUAUUUCAGGCUAAGUGAGCUUGUGGAACAUGUGUUCCCACUGCUCAAUAAAGAACAGAGUUCUGCUUUUCUGUGCCCGGAAUUCAGUUCCUUCUGCUAUUGGCGACAACCAUUUCCUGAGGUGAACAUGGAAGACCUAGCCUGAACAGCUCUGCUCACCUGGAGAUGGGAUUUCAUAUCCAGUCAUUCAACUUCAGUUUAAAUGUGAAGAGAGAACUCCUGUUCUGGAGAUGCCAAUUUAUACAUUGGUACCAUGAGUCUUACUUAAGACAAUACUUUAAGUCUACGGGUUUGGCACAAACAAACAAAAUGCCAAGUUUCUGUAGCUCUGACUUUGUCCUUUACUUGACUUUUUAAGGCAUUUGAGAUCAGCCUAUAUGAUAGCAGCAGUACUGAGUCACUGGCGUUUUCGCUGCAUCUAUGCCUUUCCGUAGAUACAAAACUUACCUUCAAUACAGACUUUUUUAUAUUAGUCUCCUUAAUAUUUUUUUAAAAAAUAAGCCAAAACAUGCAUGGAAGCUGCCAAAUAGACUAUCAGCCAGGUUAUAGCAGUUACAGACUAAUUUUCAAAUUGGUCAUUAGGCCAUUUUAAAAAGGAGUAACUGUCUGAAACAACUAUGGCUCCAUUCCUCAUAAACAAAAUAUAGAAAAUGUCUUCAACGUUAACCACCUGACAGAAACGGAAGAUAUAAAGUCCCUCCUGAAAUGUAAAUAGUAUUGUCACGUGUACAAUCUAGUGUAUAUUCAAAGUAGAGGCUGAGCUUGUGCAGCACAGUGCCACUUGUUAACUCUGGCUCUUACAUUUUUCUAAACAUACAGUGAUUUGACCAUUUUAUGAGCUUCUUACUUAACGUCCUUAUUUUAAAUCGAGCUGUCUUGAGAAGUUCCAGUAUGCCUUUUGAUUCUUGAAUGACUUCUGUUAUUCCCAAGCUGCAACCUUCCAUGUCAAUUUUCAAUUCAGAGAAAAUUGAGAAAAAGCUUUACUGUAAUAGCUGAGAAGUGGGCAUUUCUUUACCCCAUUGAAAUGCAUAUGUGUGUGCACAGUGUGUAGGCGAGUAAAAAGCAUGUAAAGAUUAUAUUCAGGGAGUUGUCAUUGAAGAAAAUUAUGUAUUUAAUUUUUUUAAUGGAAUCUACUGCAGGCCUUUCCAGAAUUCUGUGUUAAGGGUUUUCAGUUGUUGAAGGAAGUACAGUACAGCAGCGAGCCCCCUGGUGUAAGGUCUGAGUGAUCUGAAUGCUGUGUAGCGGAGCAGAGCCAGCGGAGUUUUCAGGUAAAUGACGAGCAUUGCUGUGUGGCUAUUCCUUGGUUUCAGACCAGCUCCUAUAAACUACUGUAUUAUGCUAAUUGCCUCACAGGCCUAAUACUUACCAACUCCAAAAGCAGUUUGCCUGCAGUCUUCACUGGGUAUCCAAAAAGUUAGUGAAAGCAAAGUUUUUUCCUUUUAGUUUGUACAGCACCCUUCUUAAGAAGGGUAUAGCAUAAAGCUGGAGUGAGAUUCUGUGCUGUGCCUCUUAGAGGUGCAGAGUGGCAUUGAGGAUGUUGACCCUAGGCUGUCAGUGAAAACAGCAGAUUUGGUAGAUUUUUAGAUGGAAUCUUUUAUUUCCUUUGUCAGUCUGAGAAUUCUCCCUGUGAGGUUCUAACACAACAGGAGCUAGCUCCAGCCAACUGAAAAACAGAUUCACUGAAUAUCAUUUGAAGUAGGUUAUUUUUAAUGAAUAGCUCGCAACAACUGGAAUUAUAAGCAAGGAGAUGAAGUUGCAAAGGGGACUUGGCUCUUUCAUGAAGGCUGCGGUGAAGGAAAGGAAAAAGCAAGUUACAUCAGUGUGAACUUUUCUGUGCCAUAUAAACAAAUGAUUUAAAUGGCAGCCUCAUUAGAGUAUAUGGUUUUCAUGGUAUGCUAAUAAUCAUUUCCACAGAAAAGUUGGCCAUUCCCCAAGUCUACUUAGUGGUUAAGUAGAGGGGACUACAUUUCUUUCAUGAUCCAAACAAAUGUCUAAAGAUGUUGUUUUAUAAGUUAGUAUUUGCAGCAGCCAUAAUUUUAUACCAGGAUUACUCAAUCAAGAGCCACAGUCUUUGUCUAUAAUGGAAGCAGUAGUGGGCUGCAAAUGCUAUUGCUGGUUUAUUUCACAGGUUCAGAUCAGAACCGAAUGUGGCCUAUUUUAUAGAUCACUGCACUGAGCAAAGACUUAUAAACCCCAGUCUUUAAAAGCCCGGUCGGUAUCUGUUUUUAUUUCUUUUCUUGGUUUUUUUCUAAUAGGGAAAGCCAUUUCACAAAGGGUAAAAUUUUCAUAAGUUGCUUUGAAAAAUCAAUGAGUUACAGGCUAUUAAGUGAAAAAAUUUCCCAUCAGUAAUGAAGCAAUCUUUCCACAAAAGGAACGGACCUGUAUCUCCUAGAUUAGUUCUUCUGUGGUAGUCAGAAUUUCCUUCAGCACUUUCAGCUAAUUAUCUUCCUUGGCUAGUUUUCUCUUAACCUAGGUUUGCAUGAUGUCUACAGUUUGACACAUGCAGUGAUGAAUUCUGUGCACUUUAUGGUGGGGACAGGGUAAAAUCAACAUAAAACCUGUUUUAAACAACCAACUGAAUAGGUUAAAAUGUCUCCUUUAAGCACCAGUAGUUUAAAUUAGUGUGAGCACUUGGGUUGUGUUGCAAUUUUGGGAUGAAUUUUUGGCAUUUGGAAUUUCCAAAAAGCUGCUGAAUAAAUAUGCUGCCCUUCCACUCUGUUUGUGAUGAUUACAAUUCUGCUAUAUAGGUUUUGAUACAAUGCAAAAGUGUUCUUGAGUCUUCCUGUUAAGCAAAUGUUUUUUUUAUUUGAAACCAACUUGCAUUUGGAGCCCUACUCAGAUUGGAUGAUAAUAUUUCUUUAGAAUCCAUUUUGGGGACUGAACUUGGGUGUUCCAUGCAGACCAUUACUUACAUACACAGGGAGGUAAAAUGUCCAGUAUUCCAAACAGUUUCUAGAAAAGACAUCUCAUUAGCGAAAACCUACCAUUUGACAGUUCUACAGUAUGAAGUGGAUAGAUCAGAAUUACACAUUAGUCUGCUUCCUUUAUUUUACCUUAGUGGAAAUAGAUGGUUUGAAAACAAUGUUUGUGCUAAGCCUAUUUCAGAUGAGCACAAAUUAAUUCAUUCUUUCUGUGAAAGAGAGGAGCUUUUAAGUGUGUGUACACACACGCACACCUCUUUUAAGACUGUUGUUGAAGAUGCAGAUCCCCUUUGCAUUAGAACAGUGUUUGACACCAUAAACUUCCACAAUAUUUAUCUGCGGAUAAAAAAGGAACACUGCAGUUCAGAUCUGGUCAGUCCAUUGGACACUGCCCAUUUCUAUAGUGAUUAAAGAUCAUAACUUAGUCACUUGUAUGUAUAGAGGUAAACAUUUCUGGAUUUCUUUUUUACUUUUGUGUGUUUAAGCUUGUAAUCUUUUUUGAGUAUAGAAGUGCAGGUGUGAUGCUGGAUCAUGUAUUCUUAGCCUCGUGACAUCAUUAUACUGUUUCUAGAACAUAAAGUCUUCAACUGGAAAAGUCUUAACACUUAAAUCAACUAAAUUACAUAACUUCUGACAAACUCUGAAUCAAUCUGGCAAUUGUAAGCCAAAUGGGUAAAAAGAUGCAUUUGACAUUGUAUUCAGGUCUCCUAGAAAUAGACUCCUUGACAUUUGAAGGAGGAGUUUAAUUACAACUUCAUUAUGAAACAUUAAAAGUGUCCAGUGAAUUUUAGAUGAUUUUGAAUUGUCACUUUUGCCUCAAAGUUUUGUUUCCUAUGUUAAAUCCUGCUAAGUAGGAUGAAACUCUGCUUCAUCUUUUUUUUAAAGUGUUAAUUAUCUCCAGAUGAAAGCUGCAUUUUGGUUUGUUUUUCAGGUGAGGGUCAGCAGAACUCUUUAAUACUUUCUAUUUCAUUAUUAAUUGAGAACAUGUGAAAUAGUUGAUUGUUAAAAUACACAAUCACUAAUAAGUUAAAUUAUCAACUCUGUGAAUAUGCCAGUACAGUGGUCUUUGUAAAGACUGGACUGUCUUUAGGUAAAUAACCUACACUUUGGUGCAAUGUUUAUUGAUGUUCAAAACAAUGUUGCCACAAUAAACAAACUUAAACUAAA